AAAUGAUGAGAGAAUUUUCAUUUUUGGUUGAACUAUCCCUGGUUGUUAAAGCACUAAUAGCCUUAAGAACUUAAUUUGAGUUUAAAGUAAAUUAUAAUGUACAGUCACCGGUUUCUAUAGCAAAAUAAACCCUUGCAGCGUGAUCAGGACCCCAACACAAAACCGUCUGAAUGUACAUUAUUCUGCUUAUUACACGUUUACUUGCCAAAUACGCAAAUAAAUAUACAUGAAACAUUUAUAACAGUUGAAAUUAUUUGAUUGGCUUACGUGUAGAGAUCGCAGAGUGAUAGAAAAGAUGACUCGCAAUACCCGGAUGUGCGGUUGUUAUUUAGAAAUAUCAGACCACUAGAUGGCGCCAAUGACUAUUGCGAAAAGAUAAUUCCAGAGACUUAUUUGAAAACACAUUAUAAUAUACAUCCUUAACAACAACAAAUACAACAACAAUAUUAAAAGGAUAAUUUGUUUAUAAUAAAAACAAAAGUUCUUUGUGAUUUAUGUAGCUAUACACAUACAAAUAGAAUAACAUCUUUGACUGAUAAGUUUCUGCCAUGCUGUAAGCACGUUGAAUGAAUGUUUUAGGGUUUAUUUUAAGUUAAUAUUUAAACGGAAGAAGGUUUGAUAAGAGUUCAUCCGUAUGUUUAUCGGGUUUUUAAAGCUUCCUUCUCAUAACGGCACUUCCGGCUGUUUUUCCUCCACGAACAAACUAAAAAUGGAAAGAAAUCUGAUUCACCGAUCAUGAAGGCAAACGCGUUUUCACGUGAUUUGGGAUAAUAAACAACAAUAAUAAAUAAUUUCACGCUCCUAAACUUACAACACACAAUUCAAACAUUUUAUAUUCAGACACACGUGGCAUGUCCUUCUGUCUUCUACAAUCCUGCUGAUGAAGAUGAGUGCCUGACAGAGCUGUGACACACGACACGCAUCAUGGGUUCAUCUCUCAGUGAACCCUGUAUUUAUGAUAAGUUAUCAGAGAGUAUAGAUAUUCUACGGCAGUCCGGUUAUCGUUAUGGGAUGUCCGAGAGAGAGAUCGAGAAAUUCAUCAAGCAGGUUUUAGAGACGAAUGAACCUCGACGCGACCCGCCGCAGUUCCCCAUCCUCAGAGCCACUGUCAAGUUUUUAGUUGCUGUUGGAGUUUUGUUGAUGGCGGUUUUAGCGUUCACGUACCCGCAAAGCUCCUCCCUCCUUGGGCCGCUGAGCGUGGCGGGACACAACUGGUCGUCUCCGCUCAGUCACGUGCGACUGCUGUCGCUUCCCAUCGCGAAGAAAUACAACCUGCAUGGAUUUCAUGAGUGGUGGGCGACUGAUGUUCUGCAGACAGCGCAGGUGAACUGUUCCACGUGCGCAGACGUGACUGCAGUGCUGGAACUGACCGACAGUCUGAGCGAGUCUGUAGUGAUGCACAGAGAAACUCAACCAGUGCUGCUGAAGGGUGGAGAGUCUGUGUCUCAGCGAGUGUCUGAGCUGGAACAGUUUUCCUCUUAUAACUCCAGAUUCACGAGCGUCUCUCGGCCAGACACAUUCAUGCAAACACCUGCCAACUUCACUCUGCUCUGGAGUUUUUCGUCUAGUCGCAGAGAGACUGUUCUUCAGUGGUUAUUUCCUGAUGCUGAGCUCUGCCCCCUGCUGGAUAAUACAGGAACUACACUGCAGCACUGCCAACUGACCGACAACACAAGCUAUCAGAGCAUGAAAAUGCAGGUUCUGGGUUGGCUGGUUGUUGCUGAUGGUUCUCCAGUCGUUCGCAUUCUUCCUGUUCAACAAUGCCAAAAACACUGCAGCUCCUUCAACCUGUGGCUGGAACCAGGAGAUAUAGUGUACGCUGACCCGCGAUACUGGCUGAUGGAGUUGUUUCCAGGUGAAAGUCAGAACAUCGUAUGCGACGGUCCAGUACUCUGAGACUCAACGACUCGCAUUCCAGUCUCACGACAUCACUUCCUGAGAGAUUAAAGACACUUGAGACUCAACACAAACACCUACAUCCAUCCUGAGAUCUCACAAACGUCACUUUUUAGAAGAGAAUCGAUUAUUGGCUCUCUCAGCGGAGGAGAACUUUGAGUCUUUAAUUACAGGAAGAACCCUCAUUGAUCAGUGUUCUAACAUUGAGAUGUUCUUUAGUUCUAACUCUAGUUCUUCUGCUCUCAGGUGUUGAAACAGACAAGCUUCUGUUUGAGUCCAAAAGCACUGAGCUCAAGCAGUCAGCAGCUCACGAGUCUUAGAUUAGUUUCUUUGUCUUUCUUUAGAUGCUCAAACAUGCAGGUGUGAUGGAUCUGUUGAACUUCUGUGAUUUUCAGUGGUGUUUCCUCUAGUUCUCUGAUCUUCAUGCAUGACGUCUCCUGAAAACACGUCCAGGUCACAUUUCACCUCCAAAACACAGAUGAACAUUAGCAAUGAACAUUAGAAAUGAGAUUUCGCCAUUAACAUUAUUCUCUCCCAACGUUUUGUGUUCUAAGACUUUUUUCAUAUUGCAAUAAUGACAACAAUAUGUGUUUCAUUGACCCGGACGUGUUCUCCGUGUGACUCGUGCAUCUGUCUGUCAGUCUCUGAUGCCUAUACAGAUCAGCCAAUCAAAGCACUUUAAUGUUUGUCAUCAGCUGAUGAUGUCACAUCCUGAUGGAACUCUUCUUCAGUGCUGUUCCUUCACUGCUCUCCACCAGUCAGAGGCGAUUGAAUGUGAUGUCAUUAUCAUGCAGUGUAUGGUGAUCAGGUUGUGAUGAUGUAUUUUAUUUACGGUUUGAAUAACUGAAGUUCAAUCAUUGUAAAUAAUGAGAAAAGAUGUUUAUGUGAUUACUACUAUAUUAAUAUGAUUGAGAGAGAUUUAUGUUGAUUGUGAUUUACACAGUAAACAAUUGCUGCUGUUCCUAACAUGUGUUUUGUGUCUGUAGACGGUUGAGUUAUCUGAUCAGCACUUAAGAACAUGUAGUUGAAGUUAAAUUGAGGGUUUGAUCCAAAUUAUAUUUGAGACAUCAAUAACUUCAUGU